UUGGGCCAUUUCUUAAAGGGCGCCAUUACCAGAACCGCCACUCCGUUGAAAGUGGACGUUAAAGACCCCGUGGCAUUUCCCUCAAGAGUAGCGCGCCGAGUGUGCCGCCGUCACGGCCAAGUUUGAGAAUCCCUCCGAGGCAGCCGUCAGGUUUCAUCGCAGCGCUCCUUCCCUCGCGCCGGCACCACUCCCUCCCCAGCUCUCCCUCGGCACGCAGGCAGGCGAGGCACCUGUGUGACGACUCACCUGUGUGACGACUCACCUGUGUGACAAGUCACCUGUCUAAUGAGUUGGGCGCGGGGGAGGCACUGUAGGGCGCAGCACGGCCUCGUUGCGUCACGGCUGUUUGCUCGGAGAGCCCCGUGUCAGCCCCCCCUGCGCGUACAGUGAAGAGGGCAGGGCGCCGCACUAUCGACUCACGCCACCCCCCCCCCCUCUCUCCGUGCGCACGCGACGGCGACUCCUCCACUGCUGCGCUCGCCAUUCGCGGCCGCCCUCUCCCGCUCGCACUGUCCGGCCAUGGGCAACUGCUGUGACAACCUGUGCUGCCUGUGCCGGCGGCACAAGGAGCUCAAGCCGCGUACCGUGUGGCUGGGCCACCCCGAGAAGAGCGAGGAGAAGUACCCGCGCAACGCCAUCAAGAACCAGAAGUACAACGUGUUCACCUUCGUGCCGGGGGUGUUGUACCAGCAGUUCAAGUUCUUCCUCAACUUGUACUUCCUCGUGGUGGCAUGCUCGCAAUUCGUGCCCGAGCUGAAGAUCGGGUACCUCUACACCUACUGGGCACCGCUGGGCUUCGUGCUGGCCGUCACCAUGUUCCGCGAGGCCCUGGACGAGCUGCGCAGGUUCCAGAGAGACAAGGAGAUGAACUCGCAGCUCUACAGCAAGCUCACCGUACGAGGUGUGGCGAAGGUGAAGAGCUCAGACAUUCAAGUGGGCGACCUCAUCAUCGUUGAGAAGAAUCAGCGUGUUCCGGCAGACAUGAUCUUCUUGAGGACUUCAGAGAAAUCGGGGUCUUGCUUCAUCCGCACGGAUCAGCUGGACGGGGAGACGGACUGGAAGCUGAAGCUGGGCGUGACGUGCACGCAGCGCCUCCCAGCAGUGGCGGACUUGGUGACGAUCAGCGCGCACGUGUACGCCGAGAAGCCUCAGCUGGACAUCCACAGCUUCACGGGGACCUUCACGCGGGAGGACGUGAACCCCACUAUAUCCGAGAGCCUGAGCAUCGAGAACACGCUGUGGGCCAGCACCGUCGUGGCGUCGGGGACGGUGGUGGGCGUCGUCAUCUACACCGGCAAGGAGACACGCAGCGUCAUGAACACCUCGCACCCCAAGAACAAGGUGGGGCUGCUCGACCUGGAGCUGAACCGUCUCACCAAGGUGCUGUUCCUCGCCGUGCUCGUGCUCUCCGUGGUCAUGGUGGCGCUCAAGGGCUUCGACGGGCCCUGGUACCGCUACCUCGCUCGCUUCGUGCUGCUCUUCUCCUACAUCAUCCCCAUCAGCCUGCGUGUGAACCUGGACAUGGGCAAGGCCGCCUACGGCUGGAUGAUCAUGCGCGACGACAACAUCCCCGGCACCGUGGUGCGAACCAGCACCAUUCCCGAGGAGCUGGGCCGCAUCGUCUACCUGCUCACCGACAAGACCGGGACCCUGACGCAGAACGAGAUGGUGUUCAAGCGCCUGCACCUGGGCACCGUCUCGUACGGCACCGACUCGAUGGACGAGAUCCAGAGCCACCUCUUCAGCUCCUACACCCAGGCCCCGUCGGGCCCGGCUCCGGGAGCGGCCCCCAAGUCGGGCGGCGCGGGCGCGCCCAAGCUGCGGCGCACCGUGGUGAGCCGUGUGCACGAGGCGGUGAAGGCGGUGGCGCUGUGCCACAACGUGACGCCCGUGUACGAGCGGCACGGCGCCGCCGGGGGGGCCGCGCCCGCCGAGCCCGAGGACGCGGAGGUCGACCAGGACCUGAGCGACGAGAACCGCGCGUACCAGGCCUCCAGCCCCGACGAGGUGGCGCUGGUGAGCUGGACGGAGAGCGUGGGCCUCACCCUGGUGAGCCGCGACCUCGCCAGCAUGCAGCUGCGCACGCCGGGCGGCCACGUGCUCACCUUCACCAUCCUGCAGGUGUUCCCCUUCACCUCGGAGAGCAAGCGCAUGGGCAUCAUCCUGCGGGAUGAAUCGACGGGCGAGAUCGUCUUCUACAUGAAAGGGGCGGACGUCGUCAUGACCAACAUCGUGCAGUACAACGACUGGCUGGAAGAGGAGUGCGGGAACAUGGCGAGAGAGGGCCUACGCACCCUGGUGGUGGCGAAGAAGACCCUCACGGAAGAACAGUACCAGGACUUUGAGAGCCGCUACAGCCAGGCGAAGCUGAGCGUGCACGACCGCUCGCUGAAACUGACGGCGGUGAUCGAGAGCCUGGAGCGCGGCAUGGAGCUGCUGUGCCUCACCGGCGUGGAGGACCAGCUGCAGCUGGACGUGAGGCCCACGCUCGAGAUGCUGCGCAACGCCGGCAUGAAGAUCUGGAUGCUGACGGGAGACAAGCUGGAGACGGCCACCUGCAUCGCCAAGAGCUCGCGCCUCGUGUCGCGCACGCAGGACAUCCACACCUUCCGCAACGUGAGCAAUCGCGGGGAGGCGCAUUUGGAGCUCAACGCGUUCCGCCGUAAGCACGACUGCGCGCUCGUCAUCUCGGGCGACUCGCUGGAGGUGUGCCUGCGCUUCUACGAGCACGAGUUCAUGGAGCUGGCGUGCCAGUGCCCCGCCGUGGUUUGCUGCCGCUGCUCGCCCACGCAGAAGGCGGAGAUCGUGCGGCUGCUGAAGACGCACACGGGCAAGCGCACGUGCGCCAUCGGCGAUGGGGGCAAUGACGUGAGCAUGAUCCAGGCCGCAGACUGCGGCAUUGGCAUCGUGGGCAAGGAAGGCAAGCAGGCGUCGCUGGCCGCCGACUUCUCGGUGACUCAGUUCAAGCACAUCGGCCGCCUGCUCAUGGUGCACGGACGCAACAGCUACAAGCGCUCGGCGGCGCUCAGCCAGUUCGUGAUCCACCGCGGGCUCAUCAUCUCCACCAUGCAGGCCGUGUUCUCCUCGGUGUUUUACUUCGCGUCGGUCGCUCUCUACCAGGGCUUCCUCAUGGUCGGCUACGCCACGGUCUACACCAUGUUCCCCGUCUUCUCGCUCGUGCUGGACCAGGACGUGAAGCCCGAGACGGCGCUGCUCUACCCGGAGCUCUACAAGGACCUCACUAAGGGUCGGGCCCUCUCGUUCAAAACCUUCUUCAUCUGGGUGCUCAUCAGCAUUUACCAGGGUGGCAUCAUCAUGUACGGGGCGCUGCUGCUGUUCGAGGCCGAGUUUGUGCACGUCGUGGCCAUCACCUUCACGUCGCUCAUCCUCACCGAGCUGCUCAUGGUGGCGCUGACCGUGCGCACCUGGCACUGGCUCAUGGUGCUUGCCGAGUUCCUCAGCCUCGGCCUCUACGUCGCCUCGCUGCUCUUCCUCAACGAGUACUUCGGGAUAGGCAGGAUCUCCAUGGGCACCUUCAUAGACACGACGUUCAUCACGACGCUGACGUUCCUGUGGAAGGUGACGGUGAUCACCCUCGUCAGCUGCCUGCCGCUCUACAUCCUCAAGUACAUCCGCCGCAAGUUCUCCCCGCCCAGCUACUCCAAGCUCACCAACUAAGAGGGCACCCGCCACGCUCCGAGCCUGCGUCUGGCUGCCCGCAGGAGUUUGGAGACCGAGCGCCGCGGGGGAAGGUUCCAGCUGCGACGGGCUCAGACCCAGCGACCGUCGCGUGGGGGGGGGGAGCCCCCCGCGUCGGCAGCCCACGCAAGGCACCCCUGCUGUCGAGGGGCUGGGGGGGGGGCUAGGAAUAGAAACACGCCAGAGGCCUCUGAUCUUCAACCCCAAACGUAACCCUGAUCCUAACGCCCAAAGCACUUUUAGCCAUCGAACUUAGUCCUCGCCCUAUGUGUAACUGUAGCCCGAGUCCAGAUUGCCCAGCCUUAACAGGAAAUAUUGCCCGAGGUUUGGUCUUGAGCACGUAGUCCUCACGCCGCCCCGUACGAAGCACGAGCCCUGGCUCGAGUCGUAACGAGAGAUUUAGCCGCAACCCCAACUCUAACUCAGACCUUAGCGCCCAUCGUAGCCCGAAUAAACACCCAGCUAUAGCCAUGACACUCACAUUAACCAUUAUCCAAUUAAUCCAUUUGCCACCACUCAGAACCAAUCUCUUGAGGAUACGAAAGUGCUCGAAGCAGUCGGCGAGGUGUCGGCGCACCACCGGUGAAGCCGAGCCGUGACCGCACCGCGCCGAGUCAUGAGCCGUAGCGAGCGCAGCUGCCUGGGAGGCCAAGGGAACCCAUGGGGUCGCAGGUCAGGCUGCGCGCAGGGGUCUAACUCCACCGCAGCCAGGGCACAGCCCCCACCGCCUCUCCCUGCUGCACCCCUCGGCCAAGUGGUCGGGUUUGCCACCUGUCCUGGUUUCCCCAGGAGCUGCCGUCCUGGGAACACUUGUCAUGGGUUUUGUCAGUUGUGUCGUGAUAAUAAUAAUGAUGAUGCGCCACGCGAGGCGAUGCACUCCAGUGUAGUUCUCGGCUCUUCGAGUAUUGCGAGAGGUUCUUCUACUCGUGAUUUAUCCCCGUUUUUUUGAGCCUCGAGUGGUGGCGAGUGAUUGGCUCCCGGAACGCGAGAGGGAUCUCAGCGAGGGUGGGGGUGGCGGGGAGAGUCGGUUUGGUGGAGGUCAUGGUAGUUUCUAAACUCUAAAAUCUGAAACAUUUAAUGCAAUUGUAGGUGAGAUUGGGGCAUAGUUUGAAAUAAAAUCCAUAUCCCGUGCUUUAUUUGCUAGAAAAUAGGGCCCUUAAUUUGUUUCUCUAAUUCCACGAAAGGCUGGCUUCACGGGGUUAGGCUGUUGACCUCGCGGUGACUCAGUGGCGUCACAACUGUGGCCUGGCACUGCCACGACGCGCGUCGGCUCCGGCACCGUGUAUACGCUCAACGCCACGGAUCCGUGGCACACGACCGGCUUGGGCAGGGCCUGGCACGGAGCGUGUCGUAGAAACAAGGAGUGCCCUCCGUUGCUGGAACCUUUUAACUCACAAAUUCUGUUCUGCACUGUGUUCGUGGGUUGGCGUGUCACACGCACCUGGCUCCGUGCGUGUGCGUGGCGUCUGUGGGUGUGUGUGUGUGUGUACCCGCCGUCACGUGGUCUAGAGGUGCUCCCUCACUCCACACGAGUGGAUUCAUCAGGGCACCUCUCGGCCAAUCAGAGUGAGCGUCUCCCUCUCCCCAGGAGGUCGUUGAGCAAUGAAGUCUCAGUUUUCUUUACAUGGAGGUAGUGGAUGCAGCACGUAAAAAAGGAAUCUUUUUGGGAGCGCUCAUCUCCAUCGUUGGUCCUGAGCUGUUGUUGUGAUUUCCCUGUUUCUAUGGCAGGACCCCGUCUCUCCCUAACACAGCCACAGGUCCCUCGGUGUGGUGCAGCCUCACCGCGCAGUGGGGGGCCUUCACAGGCUGCUCGUUUUACCGACCUUUGAAGGCUUCUCAACCAGGAUUGGAACUGCGAUCAUGAUCUCUGCGCUCGACCGGAUCGGAUUUCUGAGAUGUAAUGGGAGGGAUUAUCUCCUCAAAUCUACAGGAAUUCACUAAAUAAGUCUCUCUUAGUUUAGCUGGGUUGUUUUUUUUACAUCAUAUUGCUGGUUUACGUUAAGAAAAUAAUCAGUUGUUUCACAUUCGAGUUUUUUUUAUAUUUGGUUCAGCCAUGCUCAUGCCAGCAUCACGGAAGUUGGCUGCUAGCCUUGUGCCAUUUUCUAAUGGGUGGGUGAGCGCUGUAACCCUUCACGCGAAUAGCGACUCUGCAUCUUUGCAGCGCUCCAUGUCGCUCCCACAAAAAAAAAACGACAUGUGCAGACGUUGUGCAGCACCGUUUUGGUCAGACCCACGUGUCUGUGACGGGCGAGUUUAGUAUUUGUCGGUGAUCUCGUCCGGGUUGCCCGCCUAUCGACAUGGCCAAGCUCUGUGGCUUCCCGGCCGCCCCCGCAACAAACAGGCCACCGGCCGGCUCGUCAGCGUCGCCCGUCGUGCACCGGCCCGUCGGAUUGUCAGCCGCCCUUUGCAGCCCCAUGGCUGUCCAGUUACAGUAUCUCUCGUGUGGAAUCUACUCGUGCAUGGAUUUAUUACAUUAUUUCCUGCGACGCGCGGCGUAAUGGGGCGGUCGUUUUGAGCGGACGACACUUGAGGGGGAGGAACAGUGCCGACGUUUAUCGGUGAAAUGGCACGGCGCUAGUGGCACGAAUACAACGGCACGUCCCAAGCCCGCCGCCCGCACUCUUUGAGUGCGGCCAUGUCAGCCGUGGUGAUUACAGAGUUCCUUGACUUAAAUAACGUUAUAUUGUUAUCAGUUAUAGUUUCCAUUGUACAAUCAAUUCGUUUCAUGAGCCCAGAACAUUUUUCUCGACAUUCAGUUGGCGGAUCCUCACGCACUGACUGGCCCAGGAAGGUGAAUCCACAGACCAACUGCUAGGGUCCAUUGAACUGGCCUCUCACCUGAGUUUAGCUUGUGUAGUUGCCUGGAUUUUAACUUUGUGGAGUGGGACGCAUGCGCAGGAUGGAGGAGGGUCGAUCCCCAAGACAGACAUCGGAGUGGUCUCCACGAGUCCGGCGACCAAGGGGAAGACCUUAGGCCAGAUGGUGGGAGACUGUCAGAGCAGAUCUCUGAGUCCGUGUGUCUUCUGUGCAGCAGCUGCGGGAUCGGGCAGAGGAAAGGAAGUGUUGGUGUGGUGCGUUGGUGGUGGUGGCACCAACGGCUUUGCCCGUGACGAUGACGUCUUGAUCUCAGUGAUGCUGGCUCGGUUCUCUUAUGAAAUCUUCCUUGGCCAAGAACCCCAUAGAGGGCUCUUUGUGGGACUCUGUUACCCAUGCUCCACUCGGAUCUGGGUGAGAGGCGGCCACAGCUGCAUUGUGAUCCCUCUGCUGCGCAUUAGACCGCAUCAAUUGCCCAUUCAUUCCCAUAACGUGGGUUAGCUUUGUACGUGGCAGCCCGUAUGAUUGAUAGACACGAUUCAGACUCCUCAUCCCAAACGGGUUGGAAACCCCCGUUCUAGUAGAGCGCGUGCUUCGUGCGUUCUUCCACCGAGCCGGCGGUUUGACUUUCAGAAGCCGUCCAGUAAAUUAUAGGGGUGGUGAUUAUCAAAGGCUGCUUUGCGGUGGUGUCGAAAGAGGCUGUGAAAUCGCUCUGCGAGUGGGCCAUCGCAUGGCUCAAAGGCUAUCGCAGUGAUCGCAAGGGAGACCUCGGAAAACCGAGGGACAGCAUUAAUACUGAUAUUUAUCCCGAUUCGCCGAUGUGCAGAAACUACUUUUGUAUGCCUGUUUUGAGUGAAGAGUAGCAGCAGAAGUGUGGUGUAGUUUGAGAAAUAUGAGCAUAAUGGCUCCUUCCACCUGCACAUGAAGUAAGCGCAUGAUGUACUUUACACAUUACGAAUAAUCUUCACGUUUUGUUUUUAAUCAUCCUGGUUGACAGAAGACUGCUACAGGAAUUGACCCCUGGCUCUGUGUGUACCGGCCCAUCGGCCCGCGUGCGGGCCUCAAUGCCAUGCUUUGCUGUCAGUCCAGGCAACAGAAUUCAUGCACUGGAGAUGAAAACGACUGAGGCCAGUGAACAGCUCUGGUUUGUCAAGCAAUUCAUAAAGCCCCUAAGAAGACCUGGAUACACAUGGGCUACAUUUAAUGCCAGAUGCACGCUUGCCUUCCGUACAGCAGUUGAGCAAAACGUGUACAACCGCAGCCUGUGCAGAUGGUGGCGUCAUGGUUUUAGCGAGUGAAAUCGUAAGCCAGCGUUUUGAACCCGUCAAGCUACGUGCAGUGACUGCAUGAGCAGGUGCAUCGAUGUGUGUGGGUGUGUGGCAGUGGCGGCUGAACGGAAUGCGAUCUGCCGCACCGGAUGUGAAUAUAUUGACAAGCCGCAGUGCGCCCGUGUGUCCUGGUGGUCCCGCGGUCAUUGACCCCUGCAGGGCAAAGCGAGCCCCCCCCCCCCUCUCUCCACCUCGUGACACCGCCAGAAGUCAUAAAGCACAUCGGUCGAGGUUUCCGUGCAGAGAGAGAGAGAGAAGUCCCUGCCAUAGUCGCGUAGAAUUCCCACCACUCGUUUCGGUCGCAAACCAAACUGGCUGCUCCCCGUGGACGUCUACGAUUGUCAAUUUGGUGGAGUGGUGGAGAUGUAUUUGUGUGUAGCCGCUGCUUGAACACGGUCGAGGGGGGCCUGGGGUAAGCAGUGGCGGCUGGGAUGUGCUGAGCUCGGGAGACGACGCCUCGGGGGGGGGGUGGGGUGAGGGCGUCGUGGGUGGGAGUUGGCGAUGGUCAGAGGUUGCCUUAAAAAGCGAGGGCGUUGUUGUACUCUGGCGUGCCUGUGCCCAUCAACGAGCGCGUGUUGUGUGUCAAAUGCAUCUCUCGCUUCACGGUGCUGCUGCACAGCGGAGCGGGUUGGCCGGGGGCAGCGGCAGUGGCGGCGUUGCGAAUCGGCGGCCCGUUGUGUGGAGGAUUGCGGCUGAGCGAGCCGUGGGGCCCACAUCGAGACCUAGAAGAGCCUUGCGGGGGCAAAAUCAACUAAAGCAGGCCUCGUGAGUCUAAAGCGCGCGAGUUGGACUUGUCGUAGGUUUAUUUCGUUGACAACUCAGUAAAUCGAUCAAAUCAAGGGGCGUGAAUGACUGCGCGAGCUUGUCAAACACAAAACAACAUCGACGAUUUCCAUUUUCUUCCGACGACAUCCGCGCAACGUCGCACCACGGCCAGCUCGAGGUGCCCCCCCCCCCCCCCCGCUAUGGAUGGACGCGUCUGCCCGGUCCUGUCGUGCAGACCCGUCCAUGCGACAGGCCUCCUCCGUCGCGAUCACUGGAUAUCGAUGGCGCCACGGCUCUUAAGUGAAGGUAGUCAAAAGAAGCGGGGGCUCUGCCCGCACGCGACACGAAGACGCACUUAGCGCUGCCAAACGCAGGGGAAUCUUUCUUCUUGUUUCCAACCAGGUGUUUGUGACGCAUCGAGAGAGAGAGAGUUGUAGUGACGCGUCCAACUCGGAGUUCGUGUUUACAAGAUAUUCGCCGCGUAGCAGGCCCCCUCUACAAGGCUGCUGUGUUUGCAUUAUCACUCAAGUAUGCCAUGCCAGUGAUCACGUAGUAUUUCCUCUCGUGCAAAGGGAGAGACAGCAGUAUGUCUGCAGCUUUGAUUGUUAAAGGAGCUCGUUCACGUGCUGUAAUUAUUCAGAAAAUGCAGCUGCGUGUGUGUCGUCUCCGUCGACCUGUGGCACCUGCUGGGUCUGCCCCGAGACCUCCUGCCACACUUCACGUGGUGCACUUAGCCUGGCACAAGCGUCAUGGUGACGUCACCGCCACUGAGUGGCGAAUGGCGGUUGUUGUUGUUAAGUUGGUGUAGCGAUUAGUGCGCUGCUCUACGAACCCACCCGGCGACCCGGGUUCGAUUCUCGCUCACGGCCAUCGCCAGUGGCGAUUAUCUGAGCCGGUCAUAUGGGCCUCCCCUAGGUCGACUCCGUCUAAAGUGAGUACCUUGUGCGAUGUGUACAAACAUCGCCACUGGCCACCGUUCCGACCUCCAUAGGUGCUCGCUAACAGCACUUGCCCCAACAGUCUGUUCAGGCUACACGGGGGAUCUUGGUGUCUUUGGGUAAUUUGGAACGCUGGUGAACUUGAGAAGGGGAAUAUGCACCCCCCCCUCCCUCACAUCGUAAUGGGCUGAGGGAAAGAUCGGUGACGUCACAAUGGGUUGUGUUGGAGUGAGGGAGAAAUCGGUGACGUCACAAUGGGUUGUGUUGGAGUGAGGGAGAAAUCGGUGACGUCACAAUGGGUUGUGUUGGAGUGAGGGAAAGAUCGGUGACGUCACAAUGGGUUGUGUUGGAGUGAGGGAGAAAUCGGUGACGUCACAAUGGGUUGUGUUGGAGUGAGGGAGAAAUCGGUGACGUCACAAUGGGAUGUGUUGGAGUGAGGGAAAGAUCGGUGACGUCACAAUGGGUUGUGUUGGAGUGAGGGAGAAAUCGGUGACGUCACAAUGGGUUGUGUUGGAGUGAGGGAGAAAUCGGUGACGUCACAAUGGGUUGUGUUGGAGUGAGGGAGAAAUCGGUGACGUCACAAUGGGAUGCCAUGGAGCGGUGGGUGGCGCGUGCGGCGUUGGUGUUGCGAGGCUGCGAGGGAGCUGUUGUGAACUCUGGGAGAGUCGCUGUCGGAGGCCGCUGUACUGCAAACUAAACUUGUUUAACGAGUCGGGCCCACUGAGCUAUGUGGCCGUUUUUCAGAAGCGACCUGGCCACAAGUGACAGCCCAACGAGAAGUGGCUUGUCGCGUGGACAGUAGCCAAAGACUCUAAACGUGCACACUGCUACCACAGUAUCAGAUGCAGCCCUAAAUCGUUACUUAAAAUACAGGUGGGGAAAAAAAAUCGGCAUCCUAUGAUGCAGAGAAUGCGGUAUUAUGUAUGUGUAUCGGUGUUUGAUACACAACACAGCCUCAUGAACUGGAACAUGUGGAGGGGAAAAACCGGAGGACCCGGAGAAAAAUCCGCGGGGGAGAGUGAAACUGCAAACUCCAAAUAUCCAGCAGGCGUCAUGGUCGGGAUCGAGCCCACGGCCUCCUGUAGAACAGGCGAGGUAGUUAACAUCUCCUAGCCACUGUGGCGUCAAAUAGCUGCUGCUGCUGCACCUAAUUCCCCGACCCCCGAUCUCGUUCUUGUCCACGAGCAACGCCAGUGGCGUCUGCAGCUCGCCUCGGGAUGCUCCCUGUCCACUGCUCUGCCGCAUUGUCGGCAGCCUGCACGUGUGGGCGGCAGCGUCCUGCGCUGUGGCGCCGAGACGCCGGGUGCCGUUUGGCGUGCGUCGUGCUCGCCACAUCAACCCGCGACGGCGUCUGGCUUAAUAAGUUUGUCGUUGCUUCAUGUGCGCACGUGGGUGUCUGGCGAACAACAGUGCUGACUGGCCACUAUGCCAGUCAGCACCCGAGUCCGAUGGCUCCAUUCUGACAGCUCUCCAGCGAUUCGUGUGAGCAGUUGCCAACCGUGCCCUUGUUUCCUGUAAAAUGUUGUGUGCUCGAGACGGCGGUGGUAUAAUCGAGCAGUGCCCAUCGGCUGCUUUAAAUUAGACAAGGGGGGGGGGGGGUAUCGCUUAUGUAACCCCCGUGGCAUCCCAACUCAAACGUACGCCAAGUAUUGAGCAUUCCAACUCUCACUGGCCCAGUCCCGCAGACGAACGCUCACCGCGACCUGCAACCACUGGACAGCUGUGGGGGGGAAAAGAGCUUCAUAGCUCAUCGAAUUUCUCGCCGUCUCAAUGAAGAUGCUGGCAUCGCGGGCCCCGUGAAGUGGUACCAAUGGCGUAGUGUGACUUUAUAAGUGGUGUAGUAACUACAUUAUCAGUGGUGUAGUAACUACAUUAUCAGUGGUGUAGUAAACUACAUUAUCAGUGGUGUAGUAACUACAUUAUCAGUGGUGUAGUAACUACAUUAUCAGUGGUGUAGUAAACUACAUUAUCAGUGGCAUAGUAACUAUAUUAUCAGUGGUGUAGUAACUACAUUAUCAGUGGUGUAGUAACUACAUUAUCAGUGGUGUAGUAACUACAUUAUCAGUGGUGUAGUAACUACAUUAUCAGUGGUGUAGUAACUACAUUAUCAGUGGUGUAGUGACUACAUUAUCAGUGGUGUAGUAACUACAUUAUCAGUGGUGUAGUAACUACAUUAUCAGUGGUGUAGUAACUACAUUAUCAGUGGUGUAGUAACUACAUUAUCAGUGGUGUAGUAAACUACAUUAUCAGUGGUGUAGUAACUACAUUAUCAGUGGUGUAGUGACUACAUUAUCAGUGGUGUAGUAACUACAUUAUCAGUGGUGUAGUGACUACAUUAUCAGUGGUGUAGUAACUACAUUAUCAGUGGUGUAGUAACGACAUUACCAGUGGCGUAUUGACAACAUCAUCAGCUGCAGGUGGGGCCCCCAAUAUUUGUGAUUGUCUCGCGUGGUUUGCACCCCGGCUAAUCUAUACCGCGACUUCUCUUGCCGAGUCACAUCAUGACAUCAGUUUGUCGUCCUUUAAUUUACACUGUUGUUGAGAACAUAUCUCAUGGUGGCUGUCAGGGAGGGUCCAACUCGCGUCUGUGGAUGGGGAGGAGGGCAAGGCACCCGCUGGGGUCCCCCACGCUCGUCACGCUACUAGGAGGCGGCGCUGUGCCCGGCUUCUCGUGCCAGUGAAGGUCUCGAAGCCGCAGGGGGGGUAAUGUCGGUCGCGUGAGAGAGCACGGAGCUCCGAUGUCAAUUCUCUUCGCGCACCGUGAACGCUGAGAUGUUGUAUUCUUCACAAUGAGAGGAGUCACUAUUUAAACCUUGGCGCUCGGUGUGUAGUCAAGGCCAGGAAUGACUGUAAAAGUGCGAUUUAAUAAUACUGCAUGGCAUCGAGUUGUUGAUAAAAUGCCGAAUGUAUAUCAUUGGCUUGGCACGAAGGCUUCCUUAUUGAUGCUGACCAACCACCUGCAAUUCAGGUUGUGUUCCAUAAAUCUGCCUUCAGCACCAACCUAUAAAAAGCUUAACCUGAUCAUUACACUGGACGUUCACACACACAGGAAGUGGGACACGUUUGUUCGAUUCACCGCAGAUUCGCAAAUGCUUCCCACCACAAUCGCGAGUCGCCGCUGCCAUCACUGCGCUCACUCUGACAUGUCAAGACGUGAGCCAUCAGCGCGGACACGGCGAGAGAAUUAAGCGGAUUUUGUGUUGUUCAGAACAGAAAUGCCGAAGGUACCACGGCAGGAUGGCGGAGAUGGCGCUCAACACGGGGUUUCUCGCAGCCGAUAUCAAGGUCCAUAAUUGCUUUUUUUGUGUGUUGGGCCGCUGCAAUGGUCGUACCAAAUUUGCGUCGUGAAGAACCCUCCACCACCCGACAGGGAUAAAUGGUCACGCGGCGUACGAGCGCCAAUUAUUGUUUGAGCUCGCCGGCCGAGUUGGAAACCAACGUGAGCAAAUUGUGUGCGACGUUCGGCGCUUGUGACUACGUCCGACGCCUUCGGGACGAUGUGUAGGAAGUGCGACUCAAAAUCCAGCUGAUGGGAACGAGGCGACACUUGGUCGUCGCCGCUGCCGCAGUGAAACGGGAACGCGCGCCCGUCGCAAGGGGGAGGUGGCGCUGCUUGCCCGCGAUGCCCUCGGUUAGUCGAUGUUAAAGUUCGCCACGCACAGCGCUCGAGCGAUGGACACGGCCGGGGAGUGCCGCUGGUGGUAGUGGGGGAUAGAGGCGUGAUCACGGGUGGUGGUGAGGGGGGGUGGUGGGGACGUCGUUCCCCUUCCCAUCCCUUCCUUGAGACCCCCAGACAUUAUUUUAGUGAUAAUUACGGGAUGCUUUGAAUGUUCCUCUCCUGGCUGUGUGAUUAUGAAUGCAGCGGCUCUGUGUUGGAUUCCACGAUCAGAAUACGAGCGCUCUGUGUGUGUGUGACGCUGUGUGUGUGCGUGCGACGCUGUGUGUGCGUGACGCUGCGUGUGUGCGUGACGCUGCGUGUGUGUGACUGUGUGAUGGAAUUGAACCAGGAGCAGCUGUUUCAAUGCCAUCUCGUAACACGGAAAGUCGUAAAUACACUUCGCCGUUGAACCAAAUGCCAUUCUUUAUGUGCUUGCAGCACUCAUCAGAUAUUCAUCUUCGGCUUCCAUUAUUUCUCUCAGCGCACACCGCUUAUUUUACUGAUGGCUUCGGAGACGAUUUGAGAUGUUGGAAUCUGCACCUAUUGAUUUCGUUCUGUGAUGACUUUGAAACUUCAGGAAGUGGACGCUUUAUUUAACCAGGUAAUUAUCCCAGCGAGAUUCAACUCGUGCCUCGAGUCUCUCUGUCUCACACGCGAUGAAGAAAAGACAGUACUCGGAACGGGAUAGAAAUUGACUGCAGAUUAUUCUUGGAAGAGGCUUUUGGGCAUAAAGAUUGUUCACUUUCACAACGAUUACUGCGCAUGGGCUGCGCUGCCGAGUGGUCGAUGGUGCUGUUGCCUCGCUCCGCCAGCAGCCCACCCAGUUCGCUGUUUGCUUUCCCAAUGGGCUGCCGCUGAUUUCUGCUGCCGAUUGCCAAAAGCGCGCACGCCCUUCGGUGGACGGUGAAGGCUCGAGCCGCAAGUUAAAACAAAAUGAAAAAGGCGAACAGCUCGUAAAGUCGCACCACCGUAAUCGUGACCGUGUUUAACCGCUGCGACCAAGGGGUUAUCUUGUAAAAAGUAGAUGCACCCCAGGGGAGGUCUCAUCUGGUUUAAUUAAGGGAGGCUCAUGGAUGGUUCAGGCAUCUUCAUCAUUUACGCCUUUACUGUGAAGUGGGACCUAACCACGCGUGGCACUUCCACACUCGUGUGGGUGUUCCAUUCUGGCUGUGCGGAGGUGGCUGUGUGUGUGUGUAGUACAGGCACUGUAGAUUCCUUGUUUUGUAUAUGCAGAUGAAUCGUUAAUGUGCGUAGUGUUUUUUGUUUUGUAAAUAUAGAUAGUUGUGACAUUGCAUCGUUGAACGAAUAUGUAUUGCAUUGUUUCCGUGCUGUAAACUUACUUGGGUAAUACAUUAAACGUGUGGCAGAACGUAAUUUGGUUUUGAUUUGUGUGUGUACCCUGUGAAACUAAAUAAAUUAUCCGUUAACUUA